AAAAAAGAAUAAACACUUAACAUAAUACGUCAAAAUGGGCGGGCCACCUGCCCAGCAACCUCAAAAUAUUUUCAAGGCUGGAGCGCCUAGAACUGGAAAGAACCAAAAGAAGUCGCAAAGUAAAGAUGCUAAAGAAUUUCAAAAAUUGGAGCGGAAACUGAACCAAUGUCCCGCUUUUCUUGCCGCUUACUUGGAUCGACAUCCCGAGGCCCUUAGGAAGUACCUUUCCUCGAGGGAGAAUAUCCCGGAAGAAAAUCUUGGAGAGGAUGUACAAAGUGACGGCAAUGGAUCCAUUAAUUAUAUAGUCCUCAACAUAGGCAACAGUACGCAUACCGACCAAAGUCGCCACGAUUCACCAUCGCAUGUCAGCACGAUUAAGGCAAAUGGAGCGAACAACAUUCAGGUCGGAUCCGGAAAUAGUAUCGUUGUACCGCAACAGAUAGGUCUUAAUCCAAGCUUUAAUGAUGAGCAGGAACAUGAAGAUGCGGAUCACGUUGACGACGACGACGCAUACAUCUUGCUGGAGAAGCCCCCGUCCCAAAACAUCCUUGACCGCAUGAAAACCAUUUUGAAGUGGGGUAAAUCCAAUAAUGUUCCAGCCAAUAAACGUUGUGCAUCUGCCGGUGAUGUUUCCGCACGCAUAGUACAACCAACGACAAGAAACAAGACGAGCACACAGAGUUUGCCUCCUGGGAUGGAAUCGUUGGAUCUAAUUUCAUUUGACGAACCACCACCACCACCACCGCCGCGCCUCAACAGAACCUUUCACGACUGCAGUCAAGACAAAGAUGCGUCACAAUUUCGAGACAUUUCAAGUCGAUAUCCAACCCACCACGGUUCGACACAGUCUCUACCGGUGAACGCAACACAGGCUGCAAACAGUAUUUGGGGAUUUAAAGAUGAGUUCAUGGGAGCGUGUGCGACUCCAUACGAAAAUGGACUCCGCAAGCGUGCUUCGAAUACAGUUGCAAAUCAACAGUCGACGGGUUACCACGUGACUAGCUGUGGUCGCUUCAUUAGUUCUCCUGAUGUAUCUUUGCCAGAUGAGUCAAGCAGGGCGUCCCGCUGCAGGCGUCCAAUUGCACAAGGUGCCCAAAGGCAUUUUCCUGUUCAAGAAACGGCUAUCUAAACUACGAAUUGGCAUUGGCACAUGAUCAGGGAGUGAGUUUCUUUACACGAGGCAGUUGGGGCACAUCCGGGGCAACGUUAUUUAUAAAAUACAUGAUUAUAGAAUAUUAACUUAAUUGCACUCUCCAGAAUGUUGUUUAACAUAUUCCCAAAUUUUUCAUUCUUACUGAAAACUAUCACUUGACAAACGCUGAAGGAAACUUGACUUUUGAUAGACUCUACACACUAAGAAGAAUUUAAU